AUGCAUCAACAGGCUCGCCACCCGCCUCGCGGCUCAUCGCCGGCUACCUCGCCCCAGACAAAUCCCACACGCACCAACAAUUCGAGAGACGCCCUCAUCAGCCGCACACGCUCCUCCGAAGCCGCCCUGCCCGCCCCGUCGAUAGACCCUGGCGGGGGCAGCGAUGCGGUCUCGCCGCCGUCUUCGGCCUCGCUUGCCGUCGGUGGCCCAACGCGGGAAUCCAUCAAGAAGCUGGACCAGAUCAUACAGAACUUCUUUCUCAAGGCAGCCGUGCUGAUCGUCCAGGCUCGCAUGCCCGUCACCCCAUCGGGCAGCGGCCGUGGAAGAAAGACGAACAAAUGGGCCCAGUUCCAAAUCGAGACAGACGACAUCGACGACUUCAAGGACGAGCUCCGCGUGUGGAAGCACUGUGGCAGCUUCGACUCGCGGCGCCAGCCCAUGGUCAUCGAGACGUACCUGGAUGCCUCGCGGCUCGCUCCCGGUCAGGCCCUGGUGGUCAUCGACGAGAACGGCAAGCGCUGGGACGCGCUGGAGGCCCUCAACAGCUCCAACGUGUCGUCUGCCAGUGCCAGCAGCAACGGCAGCAACAGCAGCAACGGCAACACCAGUGUCGGCGUCAGCGGCCGCUCCGACACCAACAAGAUCCGCACCCGCUCGACCGAGAUCAUCCUCGAACGCUGGAAGGUCGAGCUGCAGUCCAUCCCGAGCCUGUCAAAGAGCAGCAGCACUGGUAGUGGAGGGCCUGCAGGGACAGCUGGCAGUGGUGGAGGUGGAGGUGGCACAAACGCCUCUGCUGCCGCGUCUGCAGUUGCAGCUCUUCCUCCUGUCGACCUCGAGAUGGACGACUUUGGUCCUAUCCUACCUACCAUCUACAAGCGCAGCAUCGUCUUCUUCCGCUCGCUCUUCGUCACCACACACGUCCUGCCGGCCUACCGCUUUUCCCGCCACGCCUCCACCAAGAGUGUCCAUCCGGCUCUGGCUGUGCGCUGUCGCGUGCUCACCGGUGCCGAUGCCGACGCUCGUAUGAGCGCCACCGGCUUCGACAACCUCCGCCAGCCGCUCUUCUUUGACGGCGGCCGCGACCCUACCACCGACUACAUGUUUGGCGAUCUCGAGGUGCCCGUUGGCCGCUUUUCGGCCUCGGUCGCCUAUCGCAACGACUGCAGCUUCCGCAUCGAUGACUCCGAGUCCCUGCUCAGCUCUCGCUUCAUGGGCAUCGACGAGAACUACUUCCAGCCCUCGCUGCCGGCCCAGCAGCAACAGCCACAUCGUCCACAUCACCGCCAUCAUCAUCAUCGUCAACAGCAAGUGCAAGUGCAGCAGCAGCAGCAGCAGCAGCCACAUCAGCAACAACAGCAACAACAGCAACAUCCAUACAACCAACAGUACCAGCACAACCAGGGCCUUGACCAUUACCGGCGACACGAUUCGUCCGAGAUCGUCGGCUCACUGCCCUCCCGCCAUCGACACGGCCGCACCACAUCUGAUCUGUCGUACCAUCCACAGCCCCAGCAGACGUAUGGCAGCCUGUCAACCUUCCACGGAGCCGGUGCUCUGGGCACAAGUCCCAUCACAGCCCUCAAGGCCGUGCGGACCAUCGGCUCCGACACGAGCUCGCCCACCGACUCCAUCCGUCCAAGCAGCAGCCUCGAGCGGUCACCCCAGAUCGAGCCACCACAUUCGCUGCCCAUCACUGCCGGCCGCCGCCACCACCACCACCACUCCUCUGGUGCUGGUGCCGGCACGUCCUCAACAUCCAUCUCCUCGCGGCCAGCGGCCCUGCGAAACAUGGAGGGCAUCAGCCGGCGUCCGUCCGUGUCGUUCCAGCCGUUCAAGGCCGGCUCGCUGUCCGGGUCGCCACGGACCACGUUGGAAGACCUCACCCUGCCGUCGUCGCCGCUGUCGGGUUCGCGGCCGGCGUCUGGUCUUGUCGCUCUGGCCCAGGCACGCAACCGCAGCUCACUGACGGCAGGUAUGGCCGCAUCACUGCGCGGUGCGCCCCCGGUGUCGACGUCAGCCGGCAGCACCAGCACAGCGGCUGCCGCAGCGCUCAUGAUCGACCCGGGCCAGAGCCCGUCGCCGCGUCUCGGUGGAGGCGGCGGUAGCAGCCGUUACAGCAGCAGCUUCACACAUCGGCGCGGCCGGUCGUCCUUUGGUGGAGCCAGCCGUGCCGACGACGACCAGAUGAGCAGCGGCAAGCAGAGCAUGGCCUCAUCGAUGGCACAGCCCGGAUCAGGCCUGCUGGCCGAGGUGGCUGGCGGCGGCAUUGGCAUCGGCGGCACGAGUUCGGGCUCGUUUCAAACCGACGACGACAACAUCUCGGACUUUCUCAAGGCGCUCGAGAGCAAGAAGACGCUGCAGAGCUUCGAGCCCGGAAACGCCGGUCGCCGCGGCCUCUCGGACUCGGCCCGUCGCACGGCCGCCCAGCUGUCGCGCUUCCAGCUGAUGCGCGAAUCCAACGUGGCCCUGACCGACUCCAUGAGCCUGUCGAUGCAGCUGCCGGCACGGUCGCCGACCUCGGGCGUCUCCGGAGUCUCGGGUGUGUUGGGCAUCUCUCCAGGUGGUGGCAUGUCGGUGUCCUUGUCGCCUAUCAAGCCCAUGUCACCUCACACUCCGCACGUGCCGGCAGUGCCGUCUCGUCUGAGCGAGAACGCCAUUAUCGACUACCCGGGAUAUUCGAAGCCACCGCCACAGAACCUGCAGAGCCUACAGGAGAGCCUGCAGGGACAGGAGCAGGGGCAGCAGUCUAGCACGGUACGCAUCACUGCAAGCUCGGCCGAAAACGACGACGACGAGGCGGACGACGAGGACGACCAUCGAGCGCGCACAGUCGGCAGGACGGGCAGAGGCUUGGCCCGGACGGCCGCCAGCAGCACCGGCAGCGGAGCAGGGACCGGCACCACCGGAGCCAGGGACAGCACAACGGCCAUUGACAUUCCGCUCUCGCCACGGCUGCUCCAACACCAUUCGGUUGACCGUCGGUCGAGCUCGACCGCCCAGAAGAAGCGUGCCACACUCGUCGGUAGUGAUGGUGCCGGCGACGAUGACGACGAUGACGACGAUGACGUGGCCGAUCUGGCGGCCUUUGCCCAGCAGCGACGCAGCCUCAGUGUCGGUGCUGGCAUUAGCGCGACAGCAGCAGCGUCGGGAGCAGCAGCUCCUGGCGGAACAACCGAGCCGGAAGCCGCGACAGCAUCGACGGGUGGUGUGCCUGUUGAGGGUGCUGGUGCCGUCGGUUCUGGCAUACCAGCCGGCGUGCCAUCUGGCUUGCCAUCUGGCGUGCCAGCAGCCAUUACGUCCUCAGCAUCGUCUCUGUCGUCGGCCCUCCGAUCAAGUCCGGCCUCGGCCGUGGCCACGGGCACGGAACCACGCCGACGGUACACGAGCCGCCACCAGGUGCUGCUGAAGCAGGAGCACCGCAAGGAGGCCACCGCCGACAGCCUGGCCCUCAGUCUUGGUGGCAGCACCACCAGCGAGAAGCGGUCGACCACGACCCUGGGCGUUGGAGGACGCUAUGGACACGUUGGUGAUGGCGAGGCCGACGAUGAGCCGCUGGUGUUUGACCUCUCCGAGAUUGGCCGCGAGCCGUACCGACGCAGCCUCGAAGACGGCCGGGGUGCUGCUGGAGGCUCAUCAUCUUGGGUAUCUGUGGAGCACAUGGGCAGCGACCGGGGAGAGGGCCAUUGCGUGGACGGCUCACGGUUUGGAGCAGAACGAGAGAGGUGGUAA